AUGGAUGAAUCUCGCAAGUCAAACAAGUCGCCUCUUCGAUCUCUGGAUCCUCAACCCAUCCGCAGUCCAUCUCCUACGCGAGACCAGGAGCGCGAACGUGAUCGUGCUGAUCGCGAUCGCGGGUAUGAGCGAGGCCCAGAGAGAGCAAAGUCAUAUCCAGGUCCUGAAGCUCAGUAUGGAUCUCAGCAGUUUGGCACUCAAAACUUCAAUACUCAGGACUACUACCGACCAGGCUACAACCCUCAGCAAUUUGAAUCGCAGUAUAACCCUCAGAAAUAUCCUCCUACCAGUGGCCCUCAGACUGGACACAAUGAUCUCCCAAUGCGCCCGGUAUCUGAGUCCUAUCUCCCCAACCAUCCCGGGGCCAUGGCCAGCGCAAUAAAGCCGCCUCAUCAGAUGGUGCCUGCUAACAUCCCGGCUGACUUGGGAGAGCUUCGGGACCUCCGAACGAAUUGUCAGCUCAAUCUGCGAGAAUACAUAAGCUUGCAGCGCCGGCGACGAAGUGGUGAUGCUUCCAUGUCCGCUUAUGAGCUCGAGACUCGUCUUCGCAACCAGACGACUUUUGUCUUGAAUGACUUGAGAGUUUUGCAAAGUGAAGUGCGCAGUAUCGCCAAAGAAGCCGAGAACCAUCGCUGGCGAAGAUGGAUCGUCGGAGGAGCCAUUGCCACUUUUAUUCCCAUGAUCCGCCGUUUCUGGCGCCGAAGCGAAGACGAUGAAGAUUCACAAUUAGCAGCCAACGACACUGAGUACGCCUUCCAAAAGUCAAAGGGUCUUCUCGAUCAUAUUAAGAACGGUAUACUUGGCAAAGGUCGCUUCGCCAAACUGGCCUUCCUCGUGUUUGCCGUGCUGUUUGUGUUUUCCAACGAGGUGUCUAUCCGUGUCGCCCGAACUGUGCAGAAGCGAAUCAAGAAGCUUGCUUCAAGAAUCGAGCAAGGCGACCCGGAUAUCGAUGACAAGGAUAUGAAGAGUCUUGAGGGCUGGCGAUGGAGAGUUCUUCUGUGGUAA